CAAAGAGCGUGUUGUAUACUGUCUCUUCGGCGUUAUCAUCGUUUCUCAUCUACCUCAAAAAAAAAAAAAACUUCUCAUCACUUCUUUACAGAGAUUUUCUCUCCUGGGUUUUGGAUGUACACAAUCUUUCUUCCUUUUCUACGAAUCUGUUCUAUCUUACUUUUUUUUUUUUCAGAUUCUUGAUAUAUGAUUCUUCUCCUUGUUAGUUUCUAUGAAAAAGUCUGUAUCUCCAGUCUCUUGUUUUAGUUUACCAGAGAUGUUUGAGAGAUCAAACACACGGUAUCACGGGAGGAUGUUCAUCACCAGAAUAUCAAUGAUCUUCUUGUUAAUAUCGAUCCUCUCCGUCCUCUCCUGGUUCUUGAUCCUCUCUUCCACAAACCCUAACCGAGUUCUUGAUCACAAGUCAGUCUCAGGACCUAGUGAUUCCCCUGUCAUAAUCAUCAGGAGCUCAGAGAAGUCUCCCCAAGGAAACGCUGAAUCUCCACACCCUAAAAACAGAGGAGAGGGAAAAACAGAGGAGGUCAAAGAAACCCUCCAAUGCAUCCAGAAGGUCUCUCCUCCUCCUCCGAGGCCGUUGAAAGUCUACAUGUAUGAUAUGAGUCCAGAGUUUCACUUCGGGUUAUUAGGUUGGAAGCCUGAGAGAAACGGCGUCGUAUGGCCUGACAUCAGAGUCAAUGUUCCUCACCAUCCAGGUGGGCUUAACUUGCAGCACAGUGUUGAGUAUUGGCUAACACUAGAUCUUCUAUUCUCCGAGCUUCCUGAAGAUACUAGAAUCUCUCGUGCCGCGAUACGCGUCAAGAACUAUACAGAAGCUGAUGUAGUCUUCGUGCCAUUCUUCUCCUCAUUGAGCUACAACAGAUUCUCUAAAGUUAACCAAAAGCAGAAGCAGAGCCGAGACAGAGAACUACAGGACAAGGUGGUGAAGUUCGUGACGGCACAGGAGGAGUGGAAGCACUCAGGAGGGAAAGAUCAUGUGAUAAUGGCGCACCAUCCUAACAGCAUGUCCACGGCGAGGCAUAAGCUAUAUCCAGCUAUGUUUGUGGUCGCUGACUUCGGUAGAUACUCGCCACGUGUAGCUAAUGUUGAUAAAGACAUUGUGGCUCCGUACAAACACCUUGUACCAUCGUACGCUAACGACACAUCAGGCUUUGAUUCACGUCCCGUCUUGCUAUACUUCCAAGGAGCCAUCUACCGUAAAGCUGGUGGAUUUGUGAGACAAGAGCUAUAUUACCUUCUGAAAGAAGAAAAAGACGUUCACUUCUCCUUCGGAAGUGUGCAAAACCACGGCAUAAGCAAAGCGGGAGAAGGAAUGAGAUCGUCUAAGUUCUGUCUCAACAUCGCUGGAGAUACUCCCUCUUCGAACCGUCUCUUUGACGCUAUAGCUAGCCAUUGUAUUCCCGUGAUCAUCAGCGAUGACAUUGAGUUGCCUUACGAGGAUGUUCUAAACUACAACGAGUUCUGCAUCUUCGUCCGAGCAUCAGAUGCUUUGAAGAAAGGGUUUCUGUUGGGUCUUGUGAGGAGUAUUGGGAGAGAAGAGUGGAACAAGAUGUGGCGGCGGUUAAAGGAGGUUGAGAGGUACUUUGAUUUUCGUUUUCCGGGGAAGGAUGAUGAUGGAGACUAUGGAGUUCAGAUGAUUUGGAAAGCUGUGGCGAGGAAAGCUCCUUUGGUGAAGAUGAAGGUUCAUAGGUUUCAGAGGUUUACAAGGCCUUUUUUGAUUUAGUGUAGAAGUAUAAUGAAAUAUAGUUUCAGUUCAACCAUUGUGGAGUGUGUUAACCUAGCACCAGUGGUACACUCUUUCUCAGUCUAAAAAAUCUUCUCAUGUUUGCUCACAUCAGUUUCAGCAACUUUUUCUUGUUUA